UCUGGCUCUGCAGUAACCGCGGGCCCCUCUCCGAGGACCUUAGCUUGCUCUUCUGAGCGGCCGCCCCCACCCUCCCUGCUCACUCUCGGAGCCCGAUCGACCCUCGCAGCGGAUCAGGGACUCGUUCACUGGUUCCGGCAGUGUCCUCGCGGCGGCCAUGGCCACGAAGAUCGACAAGGAGGCGUGUCGCGCGGCGUACAACUUAGUGCGGGACGACGGCUCGGCGGUCAUCUGGGUGACUUUCAGAUACGACGGCUCCACCAUUGUCCCCGGAGAUCAGGGAGCGGAUUACCAGCACUUCAUCCAGCAGUGCACAGAUGAUGUUCGGCUCUUUGCCUUCGUGCGCUUUACCACCGGCGAUGCCAUGAGCAAAAGAUCCAAGUUCGCCCUCAUCACGUGGAUCGGAGAGGACGUGAGCGGCCUGCAGCGUGCCAAGACAGGGACGGACAAGACGCUGGUGAAGGAGGUGGUCCAGAAUUUCGCCAAGGAGUUUGUGAUCAGCGAUCGGAAGGAGCUGGAGGAAGACUUCAUCCGCAGCGAACUGAAGAAGGCCGGAGGAGCCAAUUACGACGCUCAGUCAGAGUAGCUGCAGCCCCACACCCCAGAGCCAUCCGCCUGCUCCACCACGGAGGAGACUGCCACCUCACGUCACCAGCCCACCAGGGAGGAGAAGCCAUGAGAGGCACCAGCGCCACCAGUGUGUCCAGCCCCUCCCCCC